AUGGAUAUUUCUAAACCAGUUGGUUCAGAAAUCACUUGUGUUGAUUUCGGAGUGCUCUCAGAUGAGGAGAUACAAAAGUUAUCAGCCAAACAAAUCACCAACCCUGUUGUGUUUGAUAAUUUAGGCCAUCCAGUGAAUGGUGGUCUCUAUGAUUUGUCUCUUGGUGCGUUUUUGAGAAACGUGUGUACGACAUGUGGAUUAGAUGAGAAGUUUUGCCCCGGACACAUGGGCCAUAUAGAGUUGCCAGUACCUGUUUAUAAUCCAAUGUUUUUUAACCAACUAUAUAUACUUUUGAGAAGUUCAUGUUUAUACUGUCACAAGUUCAAGAUGAAUUGGCUUGAAUCGAAUUUGUUCAAGUGCAAGUUACAACUAGUACAAUAUGGACUAUUGUUAGAAUGCACUGAAUUGGAGAAUAUGAUGCCAUCUCGGGGGAAAAAGAAUGACAAUGACAAUGACAAUGACAAUGAUGAAGACGAUGAGUCAACAAUCGACGAAAAAUCCAAAAAGGCAUUGAUGGAGAAAAGAGAGGCAUUUGUUAAAGAUGCUAUAGCCUGUGCAUUAAGAGAUGGACGAACCACACAUAAAGGAGUGAAAACUGCAUCAGUUGGAGAAGAAAGAAAAGCCAUUAUACAUGACUUUUACAAAAGGUUAUUGAGCAGGCCCAAGUGUAGCAAUUGUGGAAUGUAUUCACCAAGUUUCAGAAAAGAUGGGUACACAAAGAUUUUUGAAAACUCGUUAAAUGACAAGCAAAUCACCAACAACCGUGUGCGAGGCUUACAGCGCCAAGAUAUGUUGAAAAAGAAUGGGGGCGUCAAAAACGGAUCAGAUGCAAGUGACAUACCCAAUAUCAAGCAUAAAGGAGGUUCAAAAUACGUCUUAGCAUCAGAAGUGAGGAAUAUAAUAAGAGCUGUAUUUGAAAAGGAACAGUCAGUGUUGCAAAAAGUUUUCCAUUCUAGACCGUAUCAACACGAAAUUGUUAGUGGUGACAUUUUCUUUAAACAAGCAAUUUUAGUUCCACCUACUAGAUUUAGAUUGCCUUCUAAAUUAGGUGACGAAGUCCAUGAGAAUUCUCAGAAUGAGUUAUUGUCCAACAUUUUGAAAACGGCUGUAUUGAUUGGAGACUUGAAUGGGCAAAUUUCCCAAAUGUACAAAGAAAAAGUCAGCGGCGAGCAAAAGAAGAUGAUUUUCAAUAGACUAAUGAAUUCUUUUGUCACUUUGCAAAAUGACGUUAAUGCGUUUAUAGAUUCCACGAAAAACCAGAAUGCUCCAGCCGGCAAGGUUCAAAACCCAGGUAUUAAACAAGCUCUAGAAAAGAAGGAGGGUUUGUUCAGAAAACAUAUGAUGGGCAAAAGAGUUAACUAUGCUGCACGGUCAGUUAUCUCGCCUGACCCAAAUCUUGAAACCAAUGAGAUUGGUGUACCUCCCGUUUUUGCAUUGAAGCUAACCUAUCCCGAGCCGGUCACUUCUCAUAAUGUAGCAGAAUUGAGACAAGCUGUGAUUAAUGGUCCUGAUGUUUGGCCAGGUGCUAUACAAGUUCAAAAUGAAGAUGGGAGAUUAACAUCGUUGGUUGGGAUGACCGCUGAACAGAGGAAAGCAUUGGCAAAUCAACUUUUAACCCCUUCAGGUAACGCUCCUGUUGUAGGUAAAAAAGUUUACAGACACCUAAAGAAUAAAGAUGUUGUUAUCAUGAAUCGUCAACCAACUUUGCAUAAGGCGUCUAUGAUGGGUCAUAAAGUUAGAGUUUUACCUGGUGAAAAGACUUUAAGGUUGCAUUACGCCAACACCGGUGCUUAUAAUGCCGAUUUCGAUGGUGACGAAAUGAAUAUGCAUUUCCCUCAAAAUGAAAAUGCAAAAGCUGAAGCUUUGAAUUUGGCAAACACUGAUAGUCAGUACCUCACACCAACUUCAGGAGCUCCUUUGAGAGGUUUGAUUCAAGAUCAUAUCUCUGCUGGUGUGUGGUUAACUAGUAAGGAUUCGUUUUUCAAUAGGGAAACAUAUUACCAGUUAGUUUAUGGAUGUAUCAGGCCAGAGGAUGGUCAUACAAGUGGGGAUAGAAUUGUGACUGUUGCGCCAGCAAUUUUUAAGCCAGAGUAUCUUUGGACUGGUAAACAGAUAAUCACCACAAUAUUGUUAAAUAUCAAGCCACGCAAUGUUCCUGGUGUCAAUUUAGUGUGUAAGAACAAGAUCAAGAAUGAUUAUUGGGGUCAAGGUAGUAAUGAAAAUCAAGUCAUUUUUCAAAAUGGGGAAUUGUUGAGUGGUAUUUUGGAUAAAUCUCAAUAUGGUGCAUCACAAUUCGGUAUUGUUCACUCUUUGCAUGAGAUAUAUGGACCAGAUGUUGCGGGAAAAGCUUUGAGUAUUUUGGGGAGGUUAUUCACAAAUUUCAAUACCAUGUAUGCGUUGACAUGUGGUAUGGAUGAUUUGAGAUUGACUAAUGACGGCAAUGUUUGGAGAGAUGACAUUUUGAAAAAAUCUGUUGAUAUUGGAAGAGUAGCUGCUACAGAAGUCACCAAUUUGUCCGAGGAUACGCCAAACAACGAUAAAGAAUUGAGGAAGAGAUUAGAAGAAAUAUCAAGAGACGAUAAUAAAUUGGGAAUAUUGGAUGCUAUUACACAGUCUAAGGUAAAUGCCAUCACCUCUCAAGUUGUUUCCAAAUGUGUUCCUGAUGGUACAAUGAAAAAAUUUCCCUACAAUGCUAUGCAAGCCAUGGCUUUAUCCGGUGCAAAAGGUUCUAAUGUGAAUGUUUCUCAAAUCAUGUGUCUUUUAGGCCAGCAAGCUUUAGAAGGAAGAAGGGUUCCAGUGAUGGUAUCGGGAAAAACAUUGCCCUCUUUCAAGUCAUUUGAAACAGAUGCUAGAGCUGGUGGCUAUAUUAAGCAACGUUUCUAUUCCGGUAUUAGACCACAAGAGUAUUACUUUCAUUGUAUGGCAGGCAGAGAAGGUUUGAUUGAUACUGCGGUUAAGACAUCUAGAUCCGGUUACUUGCAACGUUGUUUGACAAAACAGUUGGAGGGUGUUCAUGUUAACUAUGAUAACUCUGUAAGAGAUGGAGACGGUACCAUGAUUCAAUUCUUGUAUGGUGGAGACUCGAUCGAUACAACUAAGCAGUCACACAUGAAUGAGUUUGAGUUUUGCUUGAAAAAUUACGAUGCUUUGUUGGCCAAGUAUAAUCCCGGUGAUAUGGUUGAACACUUGGAUACCACUGAGGCGUUGUCCUACUUGAAGAAGGUUCGUAAAUCGUUGAAGAAACAGAAAAAUGUACCUCAUUAUGAUCAAGUGAUCAAGUAUGACCCAGUGCUUAACAUCUACAAUCCAUCCAAAUAUCUUGGUUCAGUAUCUGAGAAAUUCCAAGAGAAAUUGGAAGAAUUUGUGCUGAAGAAUCCUCAUUUAUUUGCACAUUCAAAGGAAGAAGCUAAAACGCUUCGUAAAUUGACAGAAAAGAAGUUCAGAGCUUUAAUGCAAUUGAAGUAUAUGAGAUCUUUGGUGAAUCCGGGUGAAUCUGUGGGUAUCAUUGCUUCUCAAUCAAUUGGAGAACCUUCGACUCAAAUGACCUUAAAUACCUUCCAUUUUGCUGGACACGGUGCUGCAAAUGUCACCUUGGGUAUACCACGUAUGAGAGAGAUUAUUAUGACUGCUUCUGCUUCUAUUAAGACGCCACAGAUGACAUUACCUAUACUAAAUGAUGUUAGUGAUGAACAUGCAGAUGCAUUUUGCAAAUCUAUUGCUAAAGUUGUUUUGUCUGAAUUUGUUGAUAAUGUAACAGUGACGGAGACUACUUCGCAAGAUGAAAGUGGGUCGAAUAGUCGUUCGUAUGUAAUACAUUUGGGUUUUUAUACUAAAGGAGAGUAUGAAGCAGAGUACGAUAUUAGUCAAGAGCAAUUGGAGAAUGUUGUGACAAACCAGUUUAUACAUGCAUUGGAAGUACAAAUUGUUAAAGAAGUUAAGAAGCAAAAGAAACCAGAACAUAUGCCAGUUGUUGGUAAAUCUGCAGGUAAAACGGAUAUGGAAACUGUUAGUGGUAAAAUCAAAGAUGUAAGCGAUGAUGAGGAUGACAAUGGUGAUGAUGAUGAUGAUGAUGAGGAUGCCGAAGAGGAGAGUAUGAAGAGCAAAGCUAAACAACAAGUUUCCUAUGAUGGUCCCGAUGAUGAUGAGGUAGAGACCAUGAAGCGUGCAGAAGAGACUAGUGAUGAGGAGAUGGAAGAUGCUGAUAACGCAUCAUCUUUGUCAUCAUCAUCAUCAUUUGCUUCCGACACUAGUGAUUCUGAAAACGAAGAAGCAGAUAAAGAUGAAGAUGCCAUGGCUACAGACAGGCCUCAAAAGAAGAAGGAAUUAUCGAGACUAGCUAAAGAUCGUCAAGCAGAAGUAAUAGCACGACAUAAUAUGGUUACUGAAUUUGACUUUGACGACGAGCUAGGAGAAUGGUGUGUUUUCAAGCUUGAGUUGAAUGGCAAUGAGACUCAAAAAUUAUUGAUGGUUAAUAUAGUUGAAGAUUUAUUACGGAAAACGGUUGUUCGAGAAGUUUCACGUAUUGGAAGAUGUUUACGUCCUGAGCCCAAUGCAGGAGAAGAAAGAGUGCUUACUACAGAGGGUGUUAAUUUCCAGGCGAUGUGGGAUCACGAUGAUUUCAUCAAGAUCAAUGCAAUCACAUCGAAUGAUGUUGCUGCGGUAUUACAUACAUAUGGUGUUGAAGCUGCCAGAAACACCAUUGUCAAUGAAAUUUACCGAGUUUUCAACACGUAUGGUAUCAGUGUCUCGUCGCGUCAUCUUGACUUGAUUGCUGAUAUGAUGACUAGAGAAGGUACAUACUUGGCAUUCAAUAGACAAGGCAUUGAUAGUUCUACAUCCAGUUUCAUGAAGAUGUCCUAUGAAACAACGUGUCAAUUCUUGACCAAAGCUGUAUUAGAUGGCGAUCGUGAGGAACUAGAGAGUCCGUCUGCAAAGAUUGUUAUGGGUAAAUUGUCAAAUGUGGGUACUGGUUCAUUUGACGUUUUUGCCCAAUUGCCUAAGCAAGAGGAAUAA